AUGCUUUUUGCAAGUUUUGAUCUCGUCUCGGCACUGGCUACCCUCGCCGCGUGCUUGGUGUCACUGACUUUGCUGCUGGCCGUGUCCCAACAGCUGUGGCAGCUCCGCUGGGCUGCCACCCGCGACAAAACCUGCAAGCUACCAAUCCCCAAAGGCUCCAUGGGAUUCCCUUUAAUCGGAGAGACCUUCCACUGGCUCCUGCAGGGCUCCUGCUUCCAGUCCUCGCGGCGGGAGAAGUACGGGAACGUGUUCAAGACGCACUUGCUGGGGCGGCCGCUGGUGCGGGUGACGGGCGCGGAGAACGUGCGCAAGAUCUUGAUGGGGGAGCACCACCUGGUGAGCACCGAGUGGCCGCGGAGCACGCGGAUGCUGCUGGGCCCCAACACCGUGGCCAACUCCAUCGGCGACAUCCACCGCCACAAGAGGAAGGUUUUCUCCAAGAUUUUCAGCCACGAGGCUCUGGAGAGUUACCUCCCCAAGAUCCAGCUGGUGAUCAAGGACACCCUGCGGGCCUGGAGCAGCAACCCCGAGCCCAUCAACGUGUACCACGAGGCGCAGAAGCUGACGUUCCGCAUGGCCAUCCGCGUCCUGCUGGGCUUCCGCAUCCCCGACGAGGAGCUCGGCCGCCUCUUCGAGGUCUACCAGCAGUUCGUGGAGAACGUCUUCUCCUUGCCCGUGGAUCUGCCCUUCAGCGGCUACAGGAGGGGAAUCCGGGCCCGGGAGACGCUGCAGAAGGGGCUGGAAAAAGCCAUCCAGGAGAAGCUGCAGAACACGCAGGGCAAGGACUACGCCGACGCCCUGGACAUCCUGAUAGAGAGCGGGAAGGAGCACGGCAAGGAGCUGACCAUGCAGGAGCUGAAGGACGGCACCCUGGAGCUCAUCUUCGCCGCCUACGCCACCACGGCCAGCGCCAGCACCUCCCUGAUCAUGCAGCUCCUCAAACACCCGCGGGUGCUGGAGAAGCUGCGGGAGGAGCUGCGGAGCAAAGGGAUCCUCCACAACGGCUGCAUCUGCGAGGGCUCCCUGCGCCUGGACACCAUCAACGGCCUCCAGUACCUGGACUGCGUCAUCAAGGAGGUUCUCCGGCUCUUCACCCCCAUCUCCGGGGGGUACCGGACGGUGCUGCAGACCUUCGAGCUGGACGGUUUCCAAAUCCCCAAGGGCUGGAGCGUGAUGUACAGCAUCCGGGACACCCACGACACCGCCCCCGUCUUCAAGGACGUGGACGUCUUCGACCCCGACCGCUUCGGGCAGGGCCGGAGCGAGGACAAGGACGGCAGGUUCCACUACCUCCCCUUCGGAGGAGGCGUACGGACCUGUCUGGGGAAGCACCUGGCCAAGCUUUUCCUCAAGGCUCUGGCCAUCGAGCUGGCCAGCACCAGCCGCUUCGAGCUGGCCACCAGGACUUUCCCCAGAAUCACCCUGGUGCCCGUGGUCCACCCGGUUGACGGACUCAAGGUCAAAUUCUUUGGACUGGAUUCCAACCAGAACGAGAUCCUGACGGGCACAGACGCCAUGCUGGGGGCCACCGUGUAGAGCCCGCGCCGGUGGCACCAGGG